AUGUGGGACGCGCUCAAGGACCCCCACAGCCGACAGGUUGGCAUAAACCACGGGAACGAGCUCCGCACCACCCCUAACUACUGGGCAAACAUGGUCACGGGCGGCAGCACCAUGUUCCGGCACCAAAAAAUCCACGAGUCGUCCAUGAACAUGAUCGAUCGUGUUAUGAACUACGACACCAGCAUCGUGCUCGACCUCCAGCGGCAGGUGGUCGACCAGAAAUUGACACUCGACACGACCUCCGCGGGGUAG